UGCCUGCAUACCCGACGCUGCCCCCUAUUUGGGACUCGAUGCACUCGCCCGCACUGAGUGCAUCUUCGUCGUCCACAAUGCAGGCUUCAGCUUCUUCCUUAUCCUCGCUGCCGCCGCUUGUUCUGCAUCCUCCCUCAAACGGACUACAGCCCAACAAGCCACGAUCACGCUCGCCAUCGUCAAACCGUUUCCAGACCCGUGAGCCGGCACCAUUAUCGCUCUUCGAUGGCAGCCCUACGACCGAACUUCCCCCUAUUCAGCUGGACCGCAAAAGGAGCAGCUCGGAUCAUUCUCUCCCUUCGAUAGCCUCGCUUAAUGUCGGAAGCUCGCUGCCAACUUUGCAGCCAACGCCAACACCACAACCUCCUCCACAGU